GUGUGUACAUGGUGUGUAUGCUGUGGUGGAAUGUAACUUAGUGCGUUUACUCUUCAAAUUCUUCAGUGUACUUCAAAUUUAAGUGUGUGACUCGACCCUCUGAGACUAGCCCCACGCUCCUGUCAGUGAAAGCAGGGACCUCUCCUCUGCUGCACACCGACACUCUCCAUCAACUGUUUCUCCUUCGCUCCAUCUAUCCCCAGAUUCACUGGUGGACACCUGAACGCUCCCUGCCAUGUCUGACAACGAGGAGGUGGUGGAGGAGUAUGAGGAGGAGGUGGAAGAAGAGGAGGCUGCUGAGGAGGCCGUGCAGGAAGAGGACAAACCUGCUGCAGAGGAGGAGGCCGAGGAAGAACAAGAUGGAGAAGGAGAAGCAGAGGAGGGAGAAGAGGAAGAGGAGGAGACCAAACCAAAAUUCAAGCCAUUUAUCAUGCCCAACCUCAUCCCUCCUAAGAUCCCAGAUGGAGAGAAAGUGGAUUUUGAUGAUAUACAUCGUAAAAGGAUGGAGAAGGACCUGAUGGAGCUUCAGACUUUGAUUGAGGUUCACUUUGAGAGCAGGAAGAAGGAAGAAGAGGAGCUCAUUAAUCUCAAGGACAGGAUUGAGAAGCGCCGUUCUGAGCGAGCAGAGCAGCAAAGGAUCCGCAGUGAGAGAGAGAAAGAGCGACAGAAGCGUCUUGAGGAGGAGAGAGCUCGGAAGGAGGAAGAGGAGGCCAAGAGGAGAGCAGAGGACGAUGCCAAGAAGAAGAAAACCCUUACCAGCCUCCACUUUGGAGGCUACAUGCAGAAGUUGACAGAAAAACGGAGCGGUAAGAGGCAGACUGAGAGAGAGAAGAAGAAGAAGAUCCUGAAUGAAAGACGCAAAUCUCUGGACAUCGAGAACCUGAACCAGGAAAGACUCAAGGAGAAAGCUAAAGAGCUGUGGGAGUGGAUGUACCAGCUGGAGGCAGAGAAGUUUGAACUGCAGUAUCAGUUCACCAGACAGAAAUAUGAGAUCAACGUGCUAAGAAACCGUGUCAGCGACCAUCAGAAGACAUCCAAGAGGACCAAGAGAGGCCUGAGGAAAUAGGCUGACGUGCUGAGCGAGCGGUGUAACCAUCAGCCGAGCCCUGGCCUUCCUGCCACACCCCAGUCCCACAUGUUUCCUUCAUAUCCUCACCUACAGUACCAAUUUUAUCCAGUUUUCCAGCUACAUCUGACUCUGUUGUUUUCCUCUUUAAAAUAGUCCCCCUGUGCUUGAGAGUGUAAAUAAAAACCAUCUUA